AUGUGUGGUGGUUUUGUACGUAAAUACGCCUGGGACAUACCUGGUAAUGAUAUACUAUCUUCUCCUGUACAACAACCUGAUUAUACUAGUUGUUGUUUACAAUGUCAAGCAACUUAUGGAUGUAGUGCUUUUACGUAUUCGGUAUCAAGUCAACAAUGUCGGUCGAAAACGAGUAUGGGCAGUGGUGGAAACUCAAGUGUUGAUACUAUCACUGGAUAUAAUCGUGAGUGUCUCAAUUUCCUGUUAUGAAGUGUCGUAUAAUGAGGAGAGAACCUCAAUAAACGAGACUAUUUCCUCAAAGUUUACUUGAUGAUGGAAAAAACGUUUGAAAGAAAUCGAAAUUCUGCACAACUUUCUUGUGAUACGUUUCUUGAUGAAAAAUUAGAAUAUACAAUGUCGGAAAAUCUUUCUGUGUGAAUGAAGGAAUUUCUUCGAAUCUAUAAAUGAGAAUCUGAAAGAUUGAUAUCUACCUGAUUGUUAAUGUGAUACAUUUUCAAUCAGAAUCUGUUGCUUCUUAGACAUAACUAACACGAGGAACUAUCAAUUAUGGGUAAGCGAAACGAAGAGCCUCUUUAUAUGUCUGUUACCGGUUUUUCUUCUCCUUUCUUUUAGAAACGUCACUCAAGAAAAAAAAAUUAGAUGUUUCGCUCUCUUUAUUGCAACAAGCUUUCGUUAAUAUAAAAGGUGAAAUAUUCUGUUUCUGAUUUGCGAAAUAACAUUGAACGGAUAAGAAAAGAAAAACAAAAUGAGAAAGCAGAAAAAGAAAAGGACAGAUUAGAAAAUGAAAAACGCUCAUGAUGAGACCAAACUCGCGUCCUUGCCGCCAGCAAGGACAGAUUCAGGCAGCUGUGUCACUGCAUAACUUGGUUUUUAAUGCUAUUUUGCUUCAAGUUUUCGGAAACGCUGCUUCUGAUUUGUGAACAUAAAGAAAAUUAGGUUUAACUAAAAUAAAUUUGUUUUAAAUCAUCAAUUGAUUUGCACUUGACAAUUUCACUAGUUUUCUCUAUGACAAUUAAAUAUGACAGUUAUAUUUCUAAAGAUUUCAUAAAAAAGAUCCCAUAUGAGUAAUAAGUGAUUUUCAAAACUUUAAGUAACAAUUAAUUUUUUUGUCUUAAGAGAAGACGCUGCAAUUUGUAGAAAACGUAAGUUUUUUAUCAGAAAACUUAGCUGAAUGUAGUGGAAAUGCUGAAAUUUAUAGUAACCUAUAAUGUACGAGGAAUGACUAUGGCUUUGGCAUUAGCUAAGAAGAAUUUCAGUAAAAAUCAAAGCGAAGUUUCACAGAGAUUUCAUCG